AUGAAGAAAAAUCGACCCAAAAGUGAUGUAAAUGAAGGUAAAACCAUUUUCAUACGUAAUAUCGAUUUGGAAACAAGUGAAAAAUCGUUGACAAAUGCUUUUGAAUCAUUUGGUACAAUAGAAUAUUGUCGUAUCUGUUGUGAUGAUUACAACAGUAGAUCUAAAGGUUCAGCAUUCGUUAAAUUCAAAAAUCUUGAUGAUGCACGACAUUGUUUGAAUGAAGCAAACAUUCCAGAAAACAGUAAAUUUUAUCUGGAUGGAAAACAAUUAAUCGUCACUGAAGCUGUAAGUCGUAAUCGAUUGGAACAAAUUCAUGAUGUCAAUCACCGUAAACAUAAAGAUAAACGAAAUAUUUAUCUUGCAAAAGAAGGUCUUAUAUAUCCAGAAUCGCCGGCAGCCGUUGGUGUUUCGGCUUCGGAUCUCAAGAAACGUCUAUUGUUGGAGGAAAAGAAACGAAAAUUAUUGCAAAAUCUUCAUUAUUUUAUUUCUGAUCAUAGACUUUGUAUUCAUAAUUUACCUAGUAAUUACGACGAUUUGAAGCUACGGAAAUUAUUUACCAUGGCUGUCAAUGAAAAAAAUGUUCGCAUUUUAUGGGCCAAAGUAAUGCGUAAUCGUAGCGGUCAAAUGGAUGGUCAAGGACAAAAAAAAUUUGGUUCAUCCAAAGGUUUUGGUUUCGUUGAAUUUGAACAACAUUCGCAUGCAUUGAAAGCACUACGUUAUCUGAAUAAUAAUCCCACGAUAUUCACAGCCGAUAAAAGACCUAUCGUUGAAUUUUCAAUUGAAAAUAAAGUAGCAUUGAACAGGAAAAAAUAUCGUCAAAUUAAACAGGAAAAAAUGAAAAAUCAAAUGAACCAAAAUGAAACAAUCGAAUCACAUUCGCAACAACAGCAGCAACAUUCAUCGAACACGUACAGCGGUGUUGAAGCCAAACCAUUCGAUAAAAAUGAAAAGGUACCAAAAUUAAAAAUGAAUAAAAGAAAAAUUUUGGAACAAAAGAAAAAAUUGAAACAA